GGGAAGUUCAAAAUACAGAUACAAGAUCCAAAACAUUUUGAACCAUGAAUAAAAAACAGACAAAAGUAAAUGUAGUUGUAAGGUUAAGACCAGCCUUAAAAACAGAUGACAAAAGUUGUGUGUUUGUGGAUGGGAAAUCUGUAGAGAUAUUUAACCACAGAAAUGUCAAUGAAAACAUCAAAUAUGAUUUUUCAGCUGUAUAUGACAUAAAUACACACCAGCAGACAAUCUAUCAAGAAUGUGUCAAGCCACAACUGCUUCAUUCACUCAACGGACAGAAUGUUUCCAUCUUUGCCUAUGGACCAACUGGUGCAGGUAAAACCCACACCAUGCUUGGUUCAGCAACUGAUCCAGGAGUCAUCCCUCGUGUAAUAAAUGGAAUCUUCCAUUUAAUUAAGGAACAGAAGAAGACAGAUACAAUGGAAUGGUCUGAAAGUGUUAAGUUCUCUUAUUUAGAAAUCUACAACGAAAAGGUUAUGGACUUACUGGAUCCAAAAGAUACAGAUUUACCUAUCAGGGAGGAUACUGAGAAAAAUAUCUUAAUACCAGGUCUGGCAGAGAAAGAGAUACAUAGUUUUGAUGAAUUUAAAACUUUCUUUGGACCAGCAUCAAAUAACAGAACUGUAGCUGCAACCAAGUUAAAUGAACGUUCCAGCCGUAGUCAUAGCAUACUGCUGCUGAAAAUAAAACGAACACAGAAAGCAGCACCAUAUAAAACUCUUCAUGGUAAAAUCUAUCUUAUUGACUUGGCUGGGUCAGAAGACAACAGGCGGACAGGAAAUAAAGGAAUUAGGCUGAAGGAAAGUGGUGCCAUCAACAAAUCCCUGUUUGUAUUAGGAGAGGUUGUUGAUGCUAUUAACUGUUGCUUGCCUAGAAUACCAUACAGAAAUAGUAAGCUGACUAGAUUGUUACAGGAUUCUAUAGGAGGUAGCUGUCAUUCAGUUAUGAUAACUAACAUAGCACCUGAGGAGAGAUAUUAUUAUGAUACAUAUUGUACACUUAACUUUGCCAGUAAAAGUAAAAAGAUUGUUAACAGUACAGUAACCAGGGAAACAGUUGCACCAAGAAAUGAAAUACUGGCACACAAAACUCCAAUGAUACCAGAACAGGACCCAGUACCAGCUAAAAAGCCAAGACUUACCGCCAAAGAACCAGAUAAACCGCCUCAAAUGAUGGAUCCUGCUCCGUUCCUUAGUCCUUUACUAAGAAGACAAACACGACUAGAAGAUACUGUGAACAGAAGACUGGAAGAUUUAGAGAAGAACCUCUUAGAACAGAUGAAAAAGAUGACCGAGGGUCAACAAAAUCCUCCAAAUGAAGAAAUGAUGACUCAGCUAAAAGGGUAUCUGGAAGUCAGUAAACAACAGUUACAACAACUAGCUGUCAACACACCACCUGUUACUCCAAAACGUAAACUCAAUGACCUAGAUAAUGAUCGUUUAAAAGAUGUGACUAACACAAAAGAUGAUUCUGCUGUAAUAAAAGACAGACCAAGGAAAAACUUGAAGAAAAUAAAAAGUGCUAGUUGUAUUAGUGAAACCCCUUUAUACGCACCUCAGCCCAGACUCUUCAAAAAGGGGUUCAAAUCUACUGCUGUCUCAGAAUUUAUAGAAAUAACAGAGUCCAUUGAAGAAAAGACAGAAAAGAAAAAAGAAGAAUCAACCAACACCAAGAACUUCAAUCCAGAGCUACAACAGAAAAUGAAUACAGAGUUUAUAGAAAAGCUUAACAUAUCAACAGUGAAAGAUUUACAGACGUUACAAACAGUUGGAGCCAAACGUGCCAAACUUAUUUUUGAAUGGAGAGAAAAUUAUGGUUUAUUUUCAAGUUAUGAAGAUUUAAAGGCAAUCCCAGGUUUUACAGAUAAAUACAUUGGUAAUUUAUUAAAGAGUAAUUUUGUAACAGUAACCUGAAUGGAUGUAAAAACAAAAGAAUACCAAAGGCAGCAAUGAAGUAAUGAAAACUGAUCAAUAUCAUGAACCAAAAUCUACAAAAUGAUCUCAAACAUUUCAAUUGCUACUGUAUGUGUAGAACUGUGUGUAAGAGACUUGUGAAUAGUGCAAUUACACAAUACAUGUAUACCUCAGUUUAUUUAUUAUUAUGUCCUUAGCAAAUACUACUGGCCUUUCCAUCAGAGUAGGUUUAUUCCAAAAUGCCUACUGCAUUGACAGAUUUUGGUUCUGUACCCAUAUUAUGAUAUUUGUGAUGGUGAUCUGGUCAAUGAAAAUUUUUCAACAGUGUUCAGCACUUAUUAUUCCAUUUCAAAUUUGAAAGUUGUAUAUUGGAAAAAACUUUGAACAAAAAAUUGGCAUCUUCAUUGGUGCUUAAAAUUUUUGCCUGUGAAGCUAAAUUUGUAUAUGGCCUAAGAUAUAGCAUGAGUUAAGAUUUGUAUUGUACUUAGAAGGAGAAUUGAUAUUAGAAUAUUAUAAAGAUAUUUACCUAGACUGUUGCCAUGUACUUUGUAUGUGGAAAGCACAGCAGGUUAUUUUUUUUGGGGAUGGGGGAGUGGGAGGGAGGAGGCUCUAACUAUGUAAUAACUGGUAGGGAUAAGCCAAUGAAAUAGGUUACUAUUUCCAGCUUCAUGAUAUAUGAUAAGGUUGAGAAAUGAAGAUAUUCAAAAGAUAUGAUAGGAUGGGGUACUCAAUGUUUUAGAUUCUCAGCCCUACUACAGAAUGUUCCUAUUCCUAGUAAUAAAUGUCUGUUAUUAAAGAUUUAUUUUUACUAUAACAGAUAUUAUUUAGAAGCCAUAUUAAAAAGGUAAAUACAAGACAAAAUUUCAAAUGCUUCUAACUAUUGAGUUAUCCACAUUUGAAGUAAGACCAAAAGAAUAAUUUAUAGAUUACUAACUCUUACUGAAUUUUUAGAGUGCAAAGCAGUCUUUAAUUUAGCAUUUCUAUUAAAUUUUUUCAUAGUCAAUAGAACACUUGUAUGUUAAGUCACCUGGAAUCCAAAUGAAUUAACAUUUUGAUUUGGAGAAAAUUUAAUUACUAAUAUUGUAUAUAGUAAGAAAUUUGCAUCUCAUGUAGUUUAGAUCUACACAUGUAUUUAUGGAUGCAAAUGUGUUUAAAACUAUAUGAUGUAUAGAAAAAAUAAAGUAUAUAUUUUUGAUAUUUUUAGCAAUUCUUAUUUAUACAUGUUAUACACCAACUCUAUCCCUCCCAUAUAACAUCAGCAUUUUAAUCAGGUUCUUGUGUUCAUAGGUAUCAAUUGCCACUGGACGUUAAGCAACCAACAAUCAAUCAAUCCUAGGUACCAAUCAAAAUAUCUAUGUGUUCUUUAUACCCAUGGUACAGGUUACUAUAUAGUGUUAUCAUGAAGAAAUUAAACACUUCAAUGUUAUAACAUAUAUACUGUGGAUUAAUUUAUUUUUGUGAGUACCAAUUUUGUGGAGUGAUAAAAAUUGUAUUUUCGUGGAUAUUUGAUUUCGUUUUGCCUAAGUCUGCUUACAAGCCUAUAAAAAAUUGAUACUUUGUUGAACAUUAAAAUUCAUGAUUCACAUUUACCCACGAAAAUUGUUAUCCCACUAAUAAUAAUAAUGAAUCCUUAGUAAGUGGUUUCUGUUGCUGAAGGGUGGGAAAGGACUAGGCCCGGUAAGACCCCUUUUUGGCCCCAAAAUAUAGCAUUUUUACAAACUUGUUUAAAUGUAAACUUUUAGCUAUUUAUUUGUAAGUAGAAUACUUCUGUUCCAUAAAAAUGUUUUAGACAACACAAUGCACAUGCAUCAGGUAAUAGCAUCAUUAAUUCGUGCAAUAUUACUGAAUUCUUCACAAUUUUAGCAUUUGUACUAAUUUUAAGACGGUUUUUGUCUAAAAUGGAAGUGGCCUCAUUUGUGUUCAGUCUUAAUAUUUAAAUAUAUGUUGUAUUUGGUGAUAAUACGUAUCAUAUAUAAAGGUUGAGACUGAACACGAAUACAGCCAUUCCAUUUUAGACAAAAAACAUCUGAAAAAUGACGUUUUAUGGCAUUUUUGAUAGAUUUUUCAUAACUAAGCUUGAAAUUGAGCAUCUCUAAUGACCAAAUCAAUUCAGAUCUUUUACAUAAACUAAUUGAAUCGACUGAAGUUGACACUUACGUGUUUAAAAAAUGUCAAAAAUCUUUCAUUAAAUGUACUUCGAAUAUAAGGCCAAAACUAGCCCUCACCGGAUCUUCUCCUUUAGAAAUAUAGUAUAAAUUGUCAUUUGUUGUAAAAUCUUUGAAAACCAAUGCAAAUGCAUAGUACAAGUUUUAUAUUUGUUUAUUGCAAAUGUGAAAGAUUGUUAAUCUUUCAUCUUGAAUGUGAAAGUUUAUUAUUUUCUUUCACCUCUAAUGUUGAAGAUUAUUUUAUCAGUCACCACAGUUAAUGUUAAUUAGAAUUUCUUCACAGUGUAUUCAUACAAAUAAAUAAAUCUCUUUUAUAAUUAUUAUUUAGCUUCCAAGAAGUUUGUUCUAUAUGACAAAACCUUUUGGGUUUUUGGGUCCUCAAUGCUCCUCAACUUCAAACUUUAUUUGGCCUUUUUAACUUUUUUGAUUCAAGCGUCCUUGAUGAGUCAUCUAUAGACAAAAUGCGCGUCUGGUGUACACAAUUUUAAUCCUGGUAUCUAUGAUGAGUUUAGCUACAAUUAUCAUUGAAAUGAAAGUAAUUUAUGUAUGUUUAUUUUGAUGUUUCUGGGGGGAGAUAAAAAUAUAUGAUUAAAGUUAUGUAUGUACUUAAUUAUUUUAUUGAAUUUUUAAAAGGA